UCCCGACUUUUCUGUUGACCACAUUUCGAAUAUGUCAGAAGCUCACCCAUCCGGUGAUGACGAGGUUGAAGAUUUUAAGGAACAAGAUCGAUUUCUUCCCAUAGCCAAUGUCGCACGAAUAAUGAAACGCGCGCUUCCAGAAAAUGCCAAAAUUGCAAAAGAAGCUAAGGAAUGUGUGCAAGAAUGCGUUUCGGAGUUCAUUUCAUUUAUAACGAGCGAAUAUCCUUUCAAUGAUCCAACUCUAGCUGUUUCUUUGCAUACGAUCAACGGCGAAGACAUUUUAUGGGCCAUGCAGUCUUUGGGUUUUGAAAAUUAUGCGGAAGCACUGAAAAUAUAUCUAGCAAAAUACCGAGAGACUACCAAAACUGAGCGCUCUUCUGCAAAUUCUAAGGACAAGGAUGAGGAGGCUACAAAUGUAGGUGAUAUGUUUCCGCAGCAGCAACCACCGCAACAACAUGCAACGACGGGAUAUUAUCCAG